AUGUUCACGACUUCUCUUUGCUUAGUUUGCUGUUUAUCAUUAGUUAUCAGUACAGCUACGGAUUUAAAAGACAGUGAAAAAAAUGUUGAUGGAAAACAAUAUACACUAAAAAGUGUUGGUACAACAUAUACGCAACGUGUUUCUAAUCAUGGUCAAUGUACGGUCGAAUUAAAUGGCAAUGGCGGCAAACAAAAUAUAUUAACUGAGGGCGAAAUAAUCAAAAUAAAAAAUAAAUGGUUUAAAGCUGAAGAUUGUCGAUUAAAUCGAGCAUAUAUGGUCUCAUGUGGUUCACAACUGUUGCGUCAAAUUCUCAAUAUUGUGUGCUCAUAUGCUGAACAAAGUUAUGACAGCAACAAAGUAUCGAAACGACAACAAACAGAAGAUGGUUUAAUUAAUAUUAUAGAUAAAUCAUAUUACCGUGAAUGUUGUAACAGUGCGUGUACAGUUUCUGAAUUAAUUCAAUAUUGUCCUUUAAAUUCGUGA